AUGGGGGAAGGGACGUCAGGUGUGGAUUCAGGCAGAGUCAAGGAGGAGGGCGGGGUGGAUCAGAGUCUGGGAUUUGUAGAAGGGGGGAUACAGCUUGAGAGAAUCAUGACUGCUGGCCAACUGUCACUGUGUUCUGAGGAGCAGAGCCCUCAGCUUGGUAUCACCAGGCCCUCAUCUGGGGUGGUGGUGGAUGGGGAGAUCUCAGGAUCAUCAGGACCAAGAGUGGAGGCCAGCCCCCAGCCUCCGUCCACCAGCCCACAGAGGAAGAGGGACUUGUCCUCAGAUUCUGAGGAUGACCUGGCAGAGCUGCUGGACCCUGAACCUGAGCCAGUGUGGUCAGUGGAAAUGCUGUGUGGGCUCAAGAUGAAACUGAAGAGGCGGUGCGUGCCUACAGUGAGGCCUGAACACCACAAGGUCUUCACCAAGCUGCUGGAGGAUCCAGCGGUGAAAAAAUUCCUGGCCUGGGACAAGACACUGCAAGUGUCUGACAAGUAUCUCCUAUCUAUGGUCAUAGCUUACUUCAGCCGUGCUGGGCUCUUCUCCUGGCAGUAUAGGCCAGUCCACUUCUUCCUGGCUCUGUACCUGGCCAGUGACAUGGAGGAGGACAACCAGGCCCCUAAACAAGACAUGUUUUACUUCCUCUACGGGAAGAGCUACGCCCAGCGCCCCUUGUUCCAUAGGCUGCGGUUCCAGCUCAUUCGCUCCAUGCACUGGAGGAUCUGGGUGUCCCGGGAGGAGUGUGAAGAGAUCCAGGCUUACAACCCAGACUUGUGGGUGUGGUCACGAGAUCGAACCAAGCUGACCUAG